AUGACCACUACGAACCGCUCCCUGGCACCGAUUGCGGUUGUGGGAAUGUCCUGUCGCCUUCCAGGCCAGAUCCGUACGCUUGAUGACUUCUGGACUCUCAUAUCUCGCGGUCGGGACGCUUGGGGCCCAAUCCCCUCAGAUCGCAUGUCUAGUGCGGCCUACUACCACCCAGAUCCCCAGCGAAAGGGCUGCUUCAAUCCCGAGGGGGGGUACUUCCUUCAGGAAGACGUUUCCCUGUUCGACUCUCCGUUCUUUCAUAUCACGCAACAAGAAGCCAUUGGCAUGGAUCCGCAACAGCGACUGCUUCUCGAGUGUGCCUAUGAAGCGCUGGAGAACGCCGGUUUCCCACAACAAGCCAUGUCAGGCUCGCGGAUGGGAGUCUUCACGGGUCUUUGUUCGUCAGACUACCGUCGCGGUGCUUUUCGCAACCUGGACUCAGUUCCCAUUUUCGACGCCACGGGGAAUCAGGAAUCUAUUCAGGCUGCUCGCAUUUCACAUUUCUUUAACCUCCGUGGUCCAUGUAUGGCUAUUGAUACGGCCUGUUCGUCCAGUCUUUAUGCCCUGCACCUGGCAGUGCAGAGUAUUCGAUCUGGCGAUGCGGAUUCUGCUCUGGUUGGUGGUACUAAACUUCGUUUACAGCCAGAUGAUAUGGUUUCAAUGUCUAUGAUGGGGUUAUACAACGAGCAAGGCAAAACAUUUGCGUUUGAUGAUCGUGCCGUCUCGGGCUUUGCAUGCGGUGAGGGAGUGGGCUGUCUGGUCCUCAAACCCUUGGACCAGGCUCUGGAAGACAACGAUCCGAUUUAUUCGGUGAUUAGGAGCACUGGGGCGAAUCAUGAUGGACAGACUGUUGGCAUAACAACCCCCAAUGGAGAGGCCCAAGAGCAGCUCAUGCGAGAAGUCUACGCCCGCGCCAACAUCUCUCCAAAUGAUACGGGCUUUGUUGAGGCUCACGGCACCGGCACCAAGGUUGGCGAUCCUAUCGAAGUUGGCGCCAUCCAUCGGGUGUUCGGGGAUGGCCGCACCAAGCGGGCACCGCUAUACCUUGGCUCCGUCAAAUCCAACUUUGGACAUCUCGAGUAUGCCAGCGGCAUUGUGUCUGUGAUGAAGGCCUCCCUGAUGCUUCACCGCGGAUUCAUUCUCCCCAAUGCUAACUUUGAGCGCGCCAACCCUGCCAUACCCCUGGACCAAUGGAACAUCAAGGUGCCCACCAGUCUGCGCCCAUGGCCCCAGGGCAAGAAAUACAUCAGUAUCAACAACUUCAGCUUUGGUGGCUCUAAUUGCCAUGUCGUACUGGAAAGGCCUCCCCGUUCGCGCGGUCAGGCACCCAGCUCCCCACACGAUGCGCCCCGGCUUUUUGUGCUUAGCGGCUAUGAUGAGGAGGCCGCAAAACGCAUCGCCAGGAACCUUAAUUUCUACCUGGAACAACACCCGGGCGUCUUCGAACGGCGCCUGGUGUGCGACAUAGCAUAUACCCUGGGAGAGCGGCGCUCUCACUUUCCCUGGCGCGUUGCAGUCACCGCUUCAUCUACCGCCGAACUCGUCGAGACUUUGAACGGGCCGGCGAGUGUCCCUCAGCGUGUCAGGCUGGGAGCUGGUUCUUCUCCCGCCAUUGCCUUUGCGUACACUGGACAGGGGGCACAAUGGCCACGCAUGGGAAUGGAACUCACCCACACCCACCCUGCUUUUGCAGCCACUAUGGAGGAAGCAGCACGUGCAUUGGAAGACCUGGGCGCGGACUUCUCCCUGUUCGAAGAGUUGAAGCGUGACGCAGCGGAGUCUCGCGUUAGUCAGCCACAGAUAUCUCAAGUGGUUUGUACCGCUGUGCAGCUUGCUCUGACGGAUCUUCUGGCCUCCUGGGGCCUCCAGCCGAAGAUGGUUGUCGGCCACUCUAGUGGAGAGAUUGGGGCAGCGUAUGCGGCGGGUGCUAUAUCCGUAAGCGAGGCUAUUGCCCUGGCAUAUUAUCGGGGACGACUUGCUGCCCAAGUCCGAGUCCGAUUCCCAGAGUUGAACGGUUGCAUGAUGGCCGUUGGAGAGAGUGCUGAUGAGGUGCGCAACAUCAUAAAGCAGCUGCAGCUGGGGGAGGGAAUCACUGUCGCUUGUGAGAACUCACCCCGGUCUACCACGGCAUCUGGAGAUGCCACUGCCAUGGACCUUCUCGCAAAGGAGCUGCAAGCGCGGCAGAUCUUUCAUCGCAAGCUCCAUGUCGACGUUGCCUAUCACUCUCCCCACAUGCAGCUGAUCGCCGAUGACUAUAUCAGCGCCAUCCAGCAGGUCGCGCCGUCCACUAAAAAGGAGAGUGUCCAGUUCUACUCUUCGCUGCUAGGUGAAAAGGUCGAACAGCCUGGGGCUCUGGGACCAUCUUACUGGGUGGAUAAUCUAACACACCCGGUUCAGUUCUCAACAGCGCUGGGCCAACUGUGUGCCGAAUCGAGGCCCGACAUCAUCAUCGAGAUCGGCCCGCAUGCCGCGUUGCAGGGCCCGAUCAAGCAGAUACUGCAGGGAAUCCAGAAUACGCACACACAGUACUUUGCCUCCCUCGUCCGCAACGAGCACGCUACCAAGGCCGCGCUGCGGCUCGCGGUCAACCAAACUCACCAGAAUCAGUCAGUCCCAGCAGUAUUGCCGUCCCUCACACCAUAUUCCUGGUCUCAACGCUCCUACUGGCAUGAGAGCCGCAUCGCCAUCAACCACAGAAAGCCACGCUUCCUUCGUCAUGAUCUGCUGGGGCGAUUGGAACCUUCUACCCGCGAGGAUGAACAGCCCGUCUGGCGCAAUACCGUGUCUCUAGACAGCGUGCCGUGGCUCCGCGGUCAUCGUAUGCAAUCUAUGGCCACUUUCCCAAUGGCCGGCUACAUCAGCAUGGCCGUCGAGGCGGCAUCUCAGCGGGCUCAGCUCAAAGGGCUCUCCCUGUCCCAGAUUGCCGGGUACCGACUCCGAGAGUUCCAUGCCUCCUCGGCGUUCACCUUGGAGGAGCACGUCGAGUACGAGACCUGGCUCUCUUUGAGCUCAUUCACGGAAGGCACUCGCUCCUACUCCAGCGAAUGGGACGAGUUCCGUGUUGCCUCGUGGGCAGCUGGUCGGGGUUGGAGUGAGCAUUGCCGUGGUCUUGUGGGCAUCAGGCGCCAGGAGUCAUCCACCACCAACCCUGUUAGCCAACGCCGGCCGUUUCAUGCAAGCCUGAAGCGGCGUGAGGAAGCUAAACAGGUUCACCACCGCCCUGUCUCAUUAGAGAGCUUCUACACAGACCUAAAGAAUCGCGGAGCCGGAUACAGUGACGCGUUCUCACUCGAUUCAGAAAGCGGGGUGACCGUUGGGGGAGCAGGCGUCGGGGCCAGCAGGUAUGCGUGGGGAAAGCUUACAGUCCCUAACACCGCGCAGAGCAUGCCAUCGGGCCAUGAGACCACGUCUCUUGUGUCCCCGGCAUUCCUGGAUCUAUGCUUCCAGUUAUCCUUCUCCACUUUGGGGGCGGACUCUUCCACCAUUCCGUGCCUUUUCAUGCCGACUUCUGUACGCGAGAUCAAUAUUGCAGCCAAUUUCCCUUCCCAACCGGGAGAAACGAUGGAGGCCCUGGUUAAUGGGCUGCCGGCGGACGCCUCCCGUCCCCAUCCCGUGGAUCAUACCAUUGAUGCAUGGUCUCCGUCUGCGUCCACAGAGCAGCCCGUUCUCACUAUCCAAGGGUUCCGAAUGACCCCUAUCAACAGCGAUAUGCUGAUCGACUCCAGCCCGUAUCCGUGGUGCUACACUGUCCAAUGGACGCCACUGCCGUCUUUAUAUGCAACAAGCGGCACCCCUCCAGAUGUUUCAGAGAUUAAUGGACAUGGCGAGACUAAUGGCAAUGGCCUUGUGCAUGCGAACGGCAGUCACAAUACAUCUAGUGGAAGCCGCCAUGUGUCGUCAGAAGAUGAAUUAAGCGUCAUCAUCAUCACUGAAAGGUCCAGCUCUGAUCCGCUUAUUGGUUCUCUCAUGAAAGCUAUUGAGGCUUUCGUGGGGUACAGAACAACGGUCACCCCCUUAUCCCGCGUCCAGGUCUCAUCCCAGCAUCGAUACAUCUGCCUGGCUGAGCUAGAUACUCCAAUUCUGCAGUCACUGACCCCACAAUCCUUCGAUCUUGUCCAAAGACUUCUUGUUACAUGUUCCUACUGCCUCUGGGUGACCUCCGGCGCAUAUAUGGCUGUCGACCACCCCGAGCUAAACAUUAUUCAGGGCCUGCUACGAUCUGCGCGUUCAGAAACCGGAAAUACAGUCGCCAGCCUUGACCUCGAUCCCAGUUCUCGCCAAGACUUCCCAGGUCGGGCUCAUCUGAUACUGGAUGCCUUCAAGGCGUCAACCAGCACUGGCCAGACAGUCAGCAAUAACGAGGAGGAAGCCCCUCUAUCCGAUUACGAGUUCACUGAAGUUGGUGGACGUCUGAUGGUCCCUCGUCUAGUAGAGCAUGCGGAGCUGAACAAUACUGUGUUCCAAGAAACACAUCCGUCCCUUCCGUACGCGCAGGACUUCGAACAGGGGACUAACCGUCGGCUUAAGAUCGCUGUCGGUACAUUGGGGGUCCUAGACUCCCUUUACUGGACGGAUGAUCCUGCCCAGCCGCUCGGGCCCAAUGAGAUCGAGAUCAAGGUCGCUUGUACAGGAGCCAAUUUCAAGGAUGUGGUGAUUGCCAUGGGUCAGCUCGCCAGUCCUUACUUGGGUAUUGAGUGCAGUGGCAUUGUGGCUCGCGUCGGAGACAAGGUCGACUCCCUCAAGCCAGGGGACCGCGUAUGUGCCAUAUCCCACGGCGCGUACAGCACGUACGCGCGGUGUCCGGCAACCAGCGCAGCUGUGAUCCCGGACUCAAUGAGCUUUGAAUUAGCCGCUUCAAUCCCUGUUACUUACAGCACGGCUCAGUGUGGACUUGUUGAGAUGGCUAAGAUGGAAGCCGGGGAAAGCAUCCUUAUCCAUGCAGCUGCGGGAGGCGUCGGCCAGGCCGCGAUCCAGCUGGCUCAGCUGAUUGGAGCCGAGAUCUAUGCCACGGUAGGCAGUGAGGAGAAGAAGCAGCUGCUAAUAGAUCGGUACUGCAUUCCGGAAAGCCGCAUCUUUUAUAGUCGUGAUACUGAGUUCGGUCCCUGUGUCCGUGAAGCCACAGGCGGGCGCGGAGUGGAUGUGAUUUUGAACUCGCUGGCAGGCGAUUUUCUCCGCGAGACGUGGGACUGCUUGGCUCCCUUUGGACGAUUCAUUGAGAUUGGAAAGCGGGAUAUUACGUCCAAUACUCGGUUGGAGAUGGCCAAAUUUGAAUACAACUGCACGUUCUCCUCUCUGGACUUGACGCUUGUUGCGGAUCAGAGGGGCAAAGUUCUGAACCGUGUUUUGACGUCUGUCAUGAGAAUGUUCGCACAGGGAAGGCUGACGUCUGUAUAUCCGGUAACGACCGUAGGCAUCGCGGAGGUGGAAUCGGUGCUUCGAAAGUUACAGAGUGGAAAGACGACGGGCAAGGUCGUCGUGGACCAUCGGAUCAAUGGGAAGGUCAAGGCCACGCAUCCCCUGCCGCCCACCGAUCUUCUCGCAUCGGAUGCCACGUACAUUAUUGUCGGUGGCACCGGAGGCAUUGGCCAAUCGAUCACUCGGAGAAUGGUUCAACGCGGAGCUAGACAUAUUGUCCUGCUCUCUCGCAGUGGCGUCGUCACGGACGCAGUCCAAAAGGUCAUCAGCGAAGGCCAAACCAUGAAUGCAUCGAUCCACGUUAGAAGUUGUGACGUGUCCGAAGUCUCGCAGAUUAAAGCACUUAUUUCAGAGCUGCAAGAAGAACUACCUCCAGUCCGGGGUGUUAUUCAUGCAGCCAUGGUCCUCAAGGACGUUUUCAUGGAACAAAUGACCUUCUCAGACUGGGAAGCUGUGCUUCGUCCCAAGGUCGCAGCAGCCUGGAACCUCCACUAUGCUCUUCUCCAGCAACCACUGGACUUCUUCAUCAUGCUUUCCUCCGUUUCUGGCAUAAUCGGCAACCGCGGUCAAGCCGCCUACGCAGCCGGAAACUGUUUCCUGGAUGCUUUGGCACGAUACCGGCGCCAAAAGGGUCUAUCCGCGGUAUCUCUCGAUCUUGCCGCAGUAGGCGACGUCGGCGUGCUCUCCGACGACGCAGAAAGAAAAGCACAAGUGAUGAAGAACCUGGCAUCGGGUAACGCGAUGCAAGAAGCUGAAGUACUAGCCCUUAUUGAAUUUGCGAUGCAGGGCCAGGAACUCCCUGAACAAUGCAUCACCGGUGUACAUUGGCCUUCCUCCUCCGCCACUCCGUACUAUGCUGCUGACGCCCGCUUUACCCAUCUUGUUGAGGCCGUGAAGCAGGAAGAAGGAGGAGCUGAUACGACAGCCCACGGCGGCUUGACCAAAUCCCUCUCCAUCACCCAGCAAGUCCGCUGUGCCACGAGCUUACAAGAAGCCCUCGAUGUUACAGCCCUCGGUCUGCGCGAAAAGUUGGGUGACAUUCUUAUGCUUCCCCGGGAAGUGGUGGAGGCGCAUGCGCAAACGACCCCGAUUGCGACCUUUGGAUUGGAUUCGUUGAAUGCCAUCGAGUUGAGGAACUGGAUUGGAAAGGAGCUGAAGGGCCAUUUGCAGGUUUUGGAGUUGUUGUCGGCGGGCAGUUUGGGCGAUUUAGCGCUGUUGGUGUUGAAGAAGUCCAGUUUGGAGGGCGCGUGGAAGGGAGAAAUUCCUAGCUGAUUCCAAUUUUGGUGACUGGAUGCUUAGUAUCC